AUGGAUAUGCUAAAUCCUCAGUUUGAAGAAAUAGGAAAAGAAUUUGUAAAUCAUUAUUUUCAAUGUUUUAAUACUGGAAGAAAUGAACUUGCAGCCUUAUAUAAAGACAUUAGUAUGAUGAGUUUUGAGAAUGAUCAAUGUAGAGGAACCAAUCAAAUAAUAGAACGACUAAAUAAGUUACCUCAAACGGUAGUACAUAAAUGUUUAAGUUUAGAUAUUCAACCAACACCAAACAAUGGAAUUUUGAUUUUAGUUUGUGGUGAUAUAAUUAUUGAAGAAAAUAAACCAUUGAAAUUUUGUAGAACAUUUCAUUUAUGCCCAUUACCUAGUGGAGGAUAUUUCAUUUUUAAUGAUUUAUUUAGAUUUUGCAUUAGUUAA